UUGCUCGCGGCCAAAGCAAUGGCACGCAACAAGAAACUGGCGGCCAGAGAUACAGCUGCCCUCGGCGUAGAGGAAGCGACCACGCGUCAACUAGUGUCGAGUGCCGUAACCGCACAAGCGGACUGGGACCACCCCCGCUAAACAAUAUUACAGCUAUAAGCGAUGGUAGUCGGGGCUCAUCAACGGGUUCUCGUCCUGGUGCAGGAGCAUUUGCAGCUUCGACGACCCGUGCUAGAGGAGGUCUUGGUCCUCCAGUUUACUAUAGUCUCAGCGCUCAAGAUGAUCUUCAUAUUCAGCCGCAUGUAGAAGAUGAUCAUCUUCAUCUUUAUUCAGAAGAGCCGUCUGGUGAGAUUUUUGAAGAAGAUGAAGAGGACUUGUUAGCCCAACUUGAGGCCUUGCGGCCGCCCAGUGGUAACGCCUCCAGUACGCUUUUGAGUCCCGUAGCUAGUGCUGGGAGUGACCACCUGCUCUUGGACGAUGUUGAAGAUGAAAGAAGCUGCACAAGGAGUAACUCAACCUCAAGUAGGGGUCGUGAAGAUAUGAUUACUACAUCUACUACACUUCAGCUUAAUAACGAUGAACGUGAGGAAGAACAUGUUCAAAGAUCUUCAUCUGGAUCUCCUGAUCUCGAUUCGGAGCACCACACUGUCGCGGCUGAUGUUCGUGAAGAUUCAAAUAGUUUCUUAUCAUCAUCUUUUAGUAGUAACGUAGGAGAUGAAGGAACAAGGGGUGGCGUACUAGCGCCCCCGCCUCCAUCGUCCUCCUCUUCAUUACGCAGUGGUGGACGAGCAUUUUCCGGACUUAGCAGCGCGUCGAGUUCAUCUGACUGGUUAGCAGCUCGUGGAGGUACAGCUCGAGCUCGUAGUGCUCUUCGUCCAGAAGCGGCAGUAGAUUUCGCACCCCUCUCCGAACUCACGUCCUCUCCGAAUUCACGCUCGGGUCUCUGUCCCUUGCGACGACGUGGCAGUACUCAGAGAACACCUCUGCCGACGACGACGCGCGUAGUGCCUUCUAAUCGUCAUGAUAUAAUUCCGAGUUCUAGUACAACUGCAUCUGGAGAUGAAGUUGUACUACUGGGGAGGACGCCAGUAGAAAGUGAGUCUCGGCCGUAUGCUCUUCGAGGUCCUCGUGGUCCCCAGCGCUUAGACGAUGAAACAGCGCAUCAUGAUGAGCGACUGAGACGAAGAGGGCCCUUCUCAGCAGAAGACAGCACGUUGUCCUCACGUGACACAUCACUUUUAGCAGCUAGUCGUGCUGAACUCAAUAGCAACAACGGGGGAGACCAAGACGAGACGCUUUUGACAACACAACGCGGCCCUUCCAGUAGAUCUUCGACCUUUCUAUCAGCAGCGUCGCAUUCAACGGGCAUAUUUUUGGGGGAACGAGGCGAAGAGAUGUCUCAAGGAGCUCAACAUGCUGUAGCAGACCAAGAACAACAUUCCUCGAAUACUAAUUCAACAACAUCAGCUGUCGGGGAUGCGAAUGCGUCUAGAAGGAGCACCAAUCAUGAUCGAGCAGAGCCACCACCUGAUGACUUCUGUUAUAAUCUGCCUUUAGGAGCAGGUGAGCCAGGCGCGAGUUUUGUUUCACAACACAGCUCAACGACUACGACUAACCCGAUAAUUUCAUGCUGGGCUUACUGCUGCUCUAGUCCGAGCUGUUCCUCUGGAGCGAGUGCUCUUGUCUCCCACGCCCAAGCCCGGUUUCAAUCGUUUUGCGAGCACUGGCAAGGACUUGCGAGACCACGAGGUGAGGGCUUAGUUGUGACUAGUGAGCCGAUGUGUACCAUCUGCUUUGAGGAGAUUGAGCAUCGGGACUUGGCCGCAGUGUGUCUCCGAAGGCCUGUGGCGCACGUUUUUCAUGCUCACUGUUGGAAAAGGUACGCGUCGACGCAGACACAAGCAGCGGAAGCAAAUGCUCCAUGUCCUGUGUGCCGCGACGCAACGCCACAGGAGCAACGUUUGGUCUACCGCCUGAUGUGGAUGCAUCGAGAUGCAGUUCAGGAGCUCCAAGAAAGAACGCUGCAUCAAAC